AUGAAUAAUAGCAGUACGAAUCAACAAAAAUUCACGGUGCAGGCAAAAGCGGAAUCGACAAAUGAUUCAAAUUUACAAACAUCACCAACCAAAUCACAACCUCAGAUAUCGGCUUCGAUGCCGACUACUACAUCCAAUAAAGCACCAAAUUUUAAACCAAAUGGGAUACAUCCUUCAACGGUUCCGUCAAAUCCACAACCAAAUCCAUCAAAUAAUUUACAACCUAAAACCGUGAAUUCUUCCCCAAAACCAAUUCAAUUUUCAACUAAACCUAAUCCUACAACCCCCAACACUCAAACAAAAUUGAAUCCCAAACUUCAACCGCAAAAACAACCUAUACGGCAACCUCAAGCUAUAGCUCCAAAAUAUACUAAAAUUCAACCAGCAAUAGCCCCCAAACCAGUUCCAAUUAUGCCAUCAACAAGUAAAUUUAAUCCCAUACCAAAUGGUAAAAUUUUAUUAUCCAUGAAAUCUUCUUUCACAAAAGAUACAAGUGGAGGAUUAAAUACUUCAAAAAGAUGGAUUUUACCUCCAAGACCAAGACCAGGUAGAAAACCAACUGGUAAUGAAUGUACUGAAAAAAUUACAAAGACUCCCACUACUACUGUUAUAAAUAAAAGGAAACCAAAAUUAAAAACAGAUGUUGUGGAACCACCGAUGUAUCAACAACAACAAAAAAUUGUAAAUCAACCUUUACCAGUUAAUAAGUCAAUACCUAUCAAUCAGAAUGUGUCCAAUGUGAAAGUGAACCAUCAAAUUAAAUCAGUCAAUCAAACUCCCAUUAAACAAGAAGAACGGUCAAAUACUACACCAGAAAAGUCUAUAACUACAGGUGCUAUACAAGCCACUGCGAAUGUUGAAAAACAAACAAUACCUUCAUCUGGAACGAUGUCAAAACAAACCGUCAAGGAGAAUACGAACAAGGAUACUAAUUUACUACAGCAAAAACAACAACCACAAAAGUUAAUCCCAACUCCCAAUAUAACAUCAGCAACAAGUACAACGACAAAUAAUUCAGUGGUCACUACUCCAAUUUCAAAUAAACAAACUCCACCUCCACCAACCAUCAAAUCAAAUGAUCCAAAUGUUCAUAUGAUGGAAUUAAAAAUGUCAUAUUUAUCAAAAUUAAAAGAACAAGAAAUUAUAAGAAAUUAUAUAGAAGUAUUAAAAAAUCAAAUAAAAGAAUUAAGUUUUGUUCAAAAUGGAGUUAUAACAUUUGAUGCAUUGAAGAAUAAUGUUAAAAUGAAUUAUACCACUACUAAUAAUCAAUCAAAAAGACUUUUAAGUAAUACAAAAUCUGAUCAAUUGGAAUCAAUAAAUAAUUUAAAUGAUUUAAAUAAAUUUUUAAAUUAUUUAAGUAAAUCUUCAGAUAUUAUAAAAAGUGUUCAAAAACAAUCUUCAAAUAUGUCUACUUCAGAUUCAUUAAAUUAUCAAAUUGAUAAUUAUGUUGAAUUAAGAAAUAAAUUCAAAUUAUUAAAUACUUCUAAUAAUCAUACUACCAAUCCAACCAAAAAAUCAGUUGAAAGAAAUGAUGGAACUAUAACUCCAAAAACUAUUGGUCCGAUUAAAUCAUCUUUCACUCCAGAUUUAUUAAGACCUCUAAAGGCAUCAAAUUUAUUUAAUGAUCCAAAUUUAGAAUUAAUGGAUAUUGAAUUACAAACUGAAACAAUUGAAGAAUCACCAUCAACAAAUUCAAAACAAUCACAGGAAGACUUAAGCCUGAUAAAUCUUAAUACUGAAUCCGGAAAAUCCAAAAAUGAUUUAAAUGAUAUUGAUUUUUUUGUUGAUGAACAUGAUUUUUUAAAUAAAUUAGUUUUAGAAGAUAAUAAAAUAAAAGAAGAAAUAGAAUUAGGAAAAGUUGAAAUUUAUAAUAAAAAUGAAGAUAAUGAAAAUACUGGUAAUAAUCAAUUUAAUGAAGAAUUAAGAAAUAAUGAUAAUGAUUUACUUUACAAAAAAAAAUUAAAAUUUAAUUGCGGAUUUUGUACUAAUGAUACUCCUUGUUUAUGUUUUGAUUCAGAUAUUGAAAUUAGUGGAUUACGAUAA